CUACUUCAUUGAUUUCUUGAUUCACAUUAUGAGUGCUGCUGUUUGAUUAAACUAAUUAUGUAGAAAUUCUCUAAACAGUGUAUUUCAAGCUGAGGCUUUUGUGCAAGUCGAAGUCUCACAGCUUCAGGCAACAACUAAAGAAGCAAAGUUACUUUAACUGAAACUUCUGAUGCUGUCCUUGCCUGCUGUAAUUACAGAAGGUAUGGGAUACAUCAUGGUCACUACUCAAAAACCAUGGCAAGAUGCUCAGAGUUACUGUAGAAGCACCUAUGCUGACCUGGCCCACAUCUGCUCUCCAUGGGAACAGAACCAGUUGAACGCUGUUGUUGGUAGAUGGGUUUCUGUCUGGAUUGGCUUGGUUCUGGACAGCUGGCAGUGGUCUGACCAGUGGAGCCAUCUGUUCAGGAACUGGACGUCUGGACCGCCAAGUGUCAUAAAUGCCGGCUGUGCUGCUGUGGUAACAGGAACGUCUGGAAGAUGGACGAAUGACAUCUGCACCACACCUCACCCUUUCGUCUGCUACGGAGAUGUGGACAGCAUGAAUAAAAAACAGGUUGUGAAGAUAAAAUUGGUUUCCAGCGGAAUGACCAACCUGACCGACCCGUCAGUGCGAGCUGCAAUCCUGGAUCACGUACGACAAACCGAGCUCACGCUCAUUCUUCACAUGCAGUAAUAACAUUGUAAUAACAGGAUUCAUGUGGUUUAGUUAACAUUCAAGGUGUCAGCAGUUAGUGGUACAGCUGCAGCUUUUCUCUAGUUUUCUGUAAUAGAGACCCAUUAAUUAGCUCCAAGGCUGAAGGUUCGAUUCCUGCCGCUGCUCUGUGUGCCUGGAGAUUUCCAGCUCUCCAUGUGCUGUGGAGGUUUCCUUAGAGUUUUCUGGUUUCUUCCCCAAGCCCAAA